AUGUCCUUUGACACACAUACCAGUAGAGACGCCGAUCACAACUCCGUAGUCACCUACCGUCGGAAUGAUCCACUUGGGCCGGCAAUACACUAUACAUCCUCAAUAUUUGUGAACAUUCAACAACUUCAACAUGCUCUAGUAGCGCAGCAUCAACAUGAAAAAGAAGCGUUGAAUGAACUGAAUCACCGGCUAGCUGGCUUCGUUGAUCGUGUACAGUUGCUCGAGUCUCAAAAUGCAAAGUAUAUGACAGAUGUUGCUGAACUUCGUCGACAAUCAUCCGGUGAUAGUGGUAUCGAUGUUCAAUGGAAUGAACGAUAUCUAAACAUGAAAUCCGAUCUCUCCUCGUUGCAUUACUCCAAGGCUGAUUGCGAAUCCGAUUUUGAAUGGUAUCAAUUGCAAAUUGGAAUUUAUCAACAAUUGAUCGAUGCCGAACAACAAUGGCGAGAUAAACGCUUGAAGAAACUAGAUCACGAACUCAAACAAAUUGGAUCAGAUUUGUCAGUCUUGCGGACUUCGUAUGCUGAUCUCGAACGAACAGCAGCGAAUCAAUACGGUGAACGUGACAAUGUUCUCAAACAAUAUUUAUCAUUAACACACGAUUGGUGUAAUAUACACAAACAACGAAAGAGAUGGAACAUGAGUAUCGAUACUUUGAAGAGUUACAUUGCAUUUUACAAAAGAAUUCGUUCUCAUUCAACUCGGAAUGUCGAAGCGAUCUCGAUUAACAUGGACGAUCUGUCACAAUUUUGGACAUUGGAAUUGGAUAAAUCCAUCCAAAAGAUUCGUCACGACUUUGAAGUUUUUUAUGCGUCGAUCUAUCGUGAAAUGACGGCCUAUUAUGAAACAAAAACAGACGAAGUCAGACGCGAAGUUGAACGGGCAUCACAAGAACCACAAGACGACGGCAGUGAAUUUGCUCUAAUUAUACAAACAUUACAAGCUGAUUACGAGAAAUACCAUAAUAGUUUAAGCUAUGAAAAAGAGAUGCAAAUGAAAUUGGAGAAGAAAUAUGCUCAACUGGAAGCGGAAUUGAAGUCCUUAGAAGGUCAUUAUGAGGAAAAACUUGAAGUGCAAGGUAAAGAAGCAUUCAAUCUACAAGAAACUAUCAUGCAGAUAGCUUAUGAUAUCAAUGAAAUGCAACGCAGUAAGGUUCACCUGGAAGCAGAAAUCAUUGUGUAUCGAUAUCUUUUGGAUAACUCGCAAAGUGGAGGUCGAGUUAUCGUCACACAACCGAAGCCGAACUACGAGAGUGGAAUGAGCGGAAAACUCGUAGCCAAAUCACGAAAGAAAAAAUCGAUUGGAAUCAAAGAAUGCGCUGUGAACGGUAAAUACAUCGUUUUGCUUAAUCAUUCGACAAGUAAAGAUAUUGAUCUUGGUCGAUGGGUGAUCAAACAGCGUACGGACGCCGGACCGAACAUUCGAUACGUCAUACCAGAUGGUGUUCGUUUGCAGCACGGUAAAGAAUUGAAAAUCUAUUCGAAGCUUGGUGCUGAAACCGCAAAUCAAAGCGCAAUUUCUGCUUUGGUACAAUAUCAACUUGUGAAUAACGAUCUAUCUUCAUGGGGUGUAGGUAACAUGAUUGAAACGAUUUUAUUCAAUCAAGAUGGCGACGAAGAAGCAUUGUAUUCUCAAAAUAUUGAAUUUCGAAAGAAUAACAUGUGA